AUGAAGAAAAUAACCAAAAAACUUUCAAUGAAAUAUAUGAAGCUCAAUAAGCACCGGCUCCGACAAGACGGAUCCAUGAAGUCAGAGGAAGAUGGUGGAAAGCUUUUCUGCGAAAUUCAUUCGCCGGAAAGUGCGGAAAGUAAUGAAACAAAGGAGACACCUAAGGUUACAAAUAUUAUGGAGUGCAUGCAUCGUAAGCUAAUGUUAAAUGAGAAGGAAUAUGAAAAGGAUAUUCAUGUGGAUGGUCACGAUCGAUCCCAAAUAUCUGAAUGUUCGGUUAGGAAUGAUGGUCGUGAACGCAAGGAACAACUUGAUGACGGCUCGAUUAGAAACAUAUAUCGUGUUGAUAUGGAUUCACUUGUAGGCUCAGUUAAAAAUGGUCAUAUGGAUCAUCUUGAAGAUUUGAUUAGGGGUCGUGAUCAUACAGACCAUACUGAAGGAUCCACUAGGAAAGGUGCUCGUAAUCGUGUGGACCAACUCGAAGGUUCUAGCAAAAAUGGCCAGAAACAUCAACAUGAAGACAAUAUUGUUAAACCAAGAAAUCAUGUAGAUCAAUCAGAAAAAUCAACUAAAAGUCCUUCUGAUUUUGCUUCAAAGAGAGAUUACCUUGAAUGGAUUGAGUACGUGGAAGGCUCCAAUCAUCAUUGUUUCGAUCGAUCUGAAAAUUCAGAAAAACCAUAUAAAAGGGAGGAUAUCGAUCAUGACCAGGUAAGCGUUGGACUAUCAGAAGGAUCCAUAGAAGGGUACAAUGAUGAGAUCCUAUUACUCAAGAGCUCUAAGAAUAGAAAAAAUGAGAAAUUUGAAGACUUAAAAGGUUAUAAGAAAGGAAGAGGUAGCAAGGCUAAAGAUUCAUUGAAUUUCAAAUAG